AUGUCUGUCGCAUUAUGGGACCCAUUCAUGGUGACGCAGCUGCCCCGGCUGCCGUCGAAGACAAGCGCAGCUUCUCCAUGUGUGAUAUCCAACAUAGAAUCUCCGCUAUCGACGCAAUUUGACUUUGGAGUCAGUGGCUCAUUCAUUGGCACCUACAUCACCAAACCUACUCCCAAGCUGAUCUGGUCGUAUUCGCUGUCUCCACAAGCGCGCGUGGAAUGUCUCGACUCAUUCACAUUUGAGGAGGCCGCAGAUAGAGAGGAGUCAAGACUUUUCCUUGCGGGAAUAAACGAGAGAAAGAAGAGCUAUAUGAGAAUAAUCACUUACGGACGUCCCAAGAACGAGUCUGAGGACGAUAAAAACACAUCCGAGAGCUUGUCCUUGUACAACGAGGAGGAGAGAAACACAGUUGAGCCAGAAGGAUUGAAAGAAGUGCGCACCAAAGACGUGGUGUUGAAGGAAGAUUUAAUAGGGAUCAAGCUUUCCAGCAACGGAAGAAACGCAUACACACUUAGUAAGAACGGGUCUAUUUGCAUCUGGGCGAUUAAGCUCGAGGAUGAAAUUGAGGAGGAAGUGAUUUUUGAGCUGGAGUCCGGCAAGAAGAGAAAUAUUAUCUACCACUGCUUUAUUUCUACCGAAGAGCUUCAAAUUGAAAAAUCUGAGAAUGUUGAGAGCCUGCUGUUGACGGUUGAGCAAUCUACAGGAGGAUUGAGUGUGCGGGUCUAUGCUAUUGAAGGAUCACGUAUUUUAGAGAUUUCCGACUCGAUGGUGGAACUGCACACGUCAGACAGCGCCCAGUUCUGCUAUGAUCCGGCAGGCAAGCUGUUGAUUCUGGAAAAUGACGAAAAAAUGACGCUCCAUGUGUACUCGAUCCCGUUCACGAGAAAGUUGAAGCAGAUUGAGCUCAUCAGAAUUUUUGACAAGGAAUUUCCCGAACAGCCCAUUUCCAUCUGCCCUGCUUCCACCAACAGAGUCCUUGUUUCCAAGGGCAGCACCAUUUCUUUGGUGGACAUCCAAUUUGAGGCUUUGCUUGGCUCCAUCGACCUUUAUUCCAAGUCUAAGGAAAACACCAGCAAACCUCCCAGAACAGCCACCCUCCAGACGUGUGUGACUGUAAAAGGCAACAGUUUGAAGAGUAGAGAAACUUUUGCUCUGGUGCUUUUGAAGAGCCCCAAAGACAAUUUCACCUCUCUUCAGUAUAUCUCUGUUGAUGUUGGGCUCGGAAGGCUGUCCAAUGUUCUUGGAAAAGGAAUCAAGAGCUCAUCACAGACCAAAUUUGCUGGAUAUCCAGCUUUGGUGAAUAAAAGCGAGUUCAAGUCCAGCACAAAGGAAAACAGCUCGUUACAGACCAGAGCCAGCCAGCUGAGCAGCGCCGCCAAGCACGUUUUCAAAACUCUGGAGCAACUGAAAAAAGACGGCCGGUUCGACGAGCUGGAGACCCAGUUGGUUGGCUACUUGAAAAAUAUUGACGAGGCCGAUGUAGCAGGGUCAAAACUCCAGCAGCAGCCAUUUAUGGUGUACGAGGCCGACAAAGAUAGAGUGGUGGACCCGGAGUUUGUCCGCCAGGCGCUUUUGUUGCUUUUCGAAGUGAAGGACGGUUCCCUGCAAUUGCCCGUUUAUGUUGCUGAAAACUCGCUCACGUAUCUUCUCACGCACCCGCUAUUUCCAGCAGAGUACACUCCGGGUCUGCUUAAGACUCUGAUGGAGUCCCCAAGAUUGAUGCGGCAGGCAAUAGUGACAUGUCCGAACAUCCCCUGCUGCGAUCUGAUCGAGCUACUGAGUCUCGUCGCAGACGAAGAAGUGUUCAAAGACAUCAUUUCCCGGUUGUUAGAGGAGUUCUCCAGUGAUACAAUUACGCAGGAGACCGCCAAGAUGCUCAAAAAUGGCGCUGCUGUGGACUUGGAUGCGAUCAUUGCGCGGAUCCUGAAAUUGAACUACGGCUACCAGAUUCUCAACAACUUCAUCGACUCGGAUGGACUGGUGUUGAGUCUGCACUAUUCGAAGAACCAGACCCAGCUGUCGAAGCUGAUUGCCAAAACACAGAAGAAAGUGGACGCUUUGGUCACAGACACACAGCUGCUCACUCUCGUGACACAGUCCCUGUCGAUAGCCGAGCAUACUACCAAGAAGAAGCACAAGAAACGGAAGGACGUUGAGAUCAACAACAGUUCGAUCGUCGAGGAGACGACGAACCUCGACUCGCUGCUGCCACUGGGAAACGGCCUGGCGAAAAAAGACCACGGCCGCAGAAUUCCAAUCUACUCGGUCGAAAAACUCAAUAUAUAG